UGAGAGGAGCGACUCGGAUCUUGGUUACUCAGAAUAGUUGCCGUAUUUGAUCCUGUUAGGAUUUCUGCAGACAUGGAGCUUCUAGCACUUCUGUUUCUGAGCUUCUGUUUCCUGACUUUGUCCGGACGAAUGUUUGCUGUUGAAUCCGGGACACCUGUGGCCAGAGUGACUGUGCGAGAAGAUGAUGAUGUUAUUUUACCCUGUUCCCUCGACACCAAUGAGAACAUUGAGUCAAUGCUGUUUGACUGGGUUAAGGAAGUCCCUCGAAAGGAGGUGUUCAUGUAUCGUAAUCGCAGUCAUUACAAUAAUGGUCUGCCAGGUCAAGAUGUGGAGUUCAAAGGUCGAGUCUCACAUUAUCCAGAAGAGCUGAAGUAUGGAAACGCCUCCAUAAGACUAAAACAAACUAGGCUGGAGGACAAUGGAACCUAUACCUGUAUAUUCCCAGACAUAAAGCCCAGUGAAAAAAUCUUCCGCAUUGAGCUUGUUGUUGAGCCAAUAUUAAAGAUCCGAAACUUUCCAGGUGCAGCUCCAAAACCGUAUGUCACAAUACUUAAAGAGAAGGGGCUGCUGCAGUGUGAAGUUCCAGGUGCUUCUCCUAAACCUACAGUUGAGUGGUGGGACAGUGAUAACAAAACACUUCCUACUAAGACGGUGCAGGAUGAAGAACAACAAGGUCGCUUCCACGUCACCGUCCAGACGACUGUGACUGAGCCUGGCUGUUAUCACUGUGUAGCCAAACAGUUGGAAAAGUGGCAUCGGAUUUCUUCAGAGAUCUGUGUGCAUCAUGGGCUUCCUGUAUGGGCUGGCAUACUCAUCGGUGUUAUUGUUUGUUUUAUUGUUGGUGGUGUUGUUGGUUUUGUGCUUAAGGUUAAAGGCUACAGUUUGAAGAAAGAUUCACAAGGAAUGGAAAAUGGCCCCUCCUCAGAGCUGCAGACAAAUCUCACCUCUGAACACCCUUAAAAAGUUUGAAGUAGUGGUCUUUUUAACCUGUUUUUUUUUUUUUUCUUUGAUUCAUCAGAGAUUUUAAUCAGGACAGGAAAUCAAGUUGGCUCUUUUUUUUUUUGUAUUUAUAAUCUUAAUAAGUUGUAUUUUGUGAGUGUUUGUACUGAAUUACUGAUUUAUCUCACAGGCCUCAAUAUCUGGUUAUAAUAUGGACAUUGCAUGUUUUAUGUUAUUUUCAGUCUUAAAAUCACUGUGGAGUGAUGAGGACAUUGUAACCGUCCAUCCAUCCAUCCGCUUAUCCUUUUUCAGGGUCACGGGGGAUGCUGGAGCCUAUCCCAGUUAUCAUAGGGUGAGAGGCAAGGAACACCGGACAGCUCGCCAGUCUGUCCCAGGGCUAACACACAGAGACAAACAACCAUUUACACUCACAUUCUCCACUAUCCCCACUAACUGCAUGUCUUUGGACUGUGGGUGGAAGCCGGAGUACCCGGAGAGAACAUGCAAACUCCACACAGAAAGACCCCGGCCUGAUGGCGGAAUUGAACUCAGAACCUUCUUGCUGUAAUCAUCCCCAUGUUAAUAUAUGCAGUGCACAUGUUUCCGUCAUUGAAACCUUAGUUUGAUCAUUUACUGAUCAUCUCAGUGUUUCACUUUGCUGCAGUUUCAUGGCUCCUCCUCCUGACUCCUUUCUCAUUUUCAGUACAAAUCUGCAUUUGAAAGAUUUGCUAAUGACAUGAAGAUGUUUCAAGAAAUCCUCUUUUAAAUGCACCCAAGACAGUACCCAAGAUAAAAAGGACCCUUAAUGUUAAGACUGGAGAGAACUUAAAAUAUCAGGUUUGUCAGUCAAAAGCUGUCAUACAGAUGGUGAAAAAUCUAAACUUCUCGACUCAUAUUUAACUCAGGUUAGUUAAACAUGUACUCAUGGAAUACUUGAUUAAACUGAACCCUCAGCGCUUCUCAUGUAAAUCAAUGGGAAUAUUUUGCAGAUAUAAAAAUAUUUUUGUUUGCCAAGCAGGUCUGUCAGGUACACUUGUGCUCUAGUAUGUAGUUGUUGGCUCAUUUGAUAUUUUUGUAUUCUUUUACAAGUUAUAUUUAUGCUGUUAAUUGUUGGUGUAUUUUUUUUAUAUUCAUGCCAUUUCAGAGAGCGCUUAAGGGUCCACAAGUCUGAAAAAGAGAUGAAACAACAAACUAUUGUUUACUAUUGUGUUUUUGGUGUAUAUGUUUCUUUAAAUAUUCAUAAAGAGAGGAAAUAUAUUAAUGUCUCAGUCAAAUUCGAAAAUUAUUCUUAUUUUGAAGCAGCUGUGCUUUGAUAUAAGACAUUCUGAGGCCAGGAAACCUUUUUUUUUUAUAAAACAUAUAA